UCUGAGGUCUCUCAAUUUACUCCUUUCCUAUAAGAUCCUUCUCCUAGCUCAGGAGGUUGAGCAUAUACGCAACAUUGAACCAUCUCAAUACCCAUCACGUGACCCUUCUCAACUUCAACUCCUCCUAUUGUGCCGGUAUUGAGACGGUGCUUCGACACAAUCAGUAUAUCUCCUAUUGUCUAUCAUUUAUAUUAUACCCCCUAUUUCACAAUCACGGUGCACCCGGACGAUUAUAUUGUCCAGCACAAUGGCAUCCGCACACAAUAGCUCCUGCUCCCCGUCCCUGACUAUAUAAACAGGUCCUCUCCUCCCCACACUGUCAGCUCUCUUCCUCCUCAGCCCUCUCAUCCAGCUUCUGAGAUACCGCCGCUUCCCUCCUCCGCAAUACCAGACCCUCCAAGGAUCCCAACUUCACAACCACCAAACCAGCAUCACCAAACAUCCACCAUCGCGAUGCCUUCUCCCACCAAGAGCACCUCGUCCCUCUCAUCCGUCCCCACCAACCAUUCGGCUGGCUCCGAAGGUCCUUUCAACCCCGAAGCCUCUGCUCCCGCCAUGAGCAAGCCGAACGAAGCCCCCAGUCCCUCCACCUCUUCCACCACCACCACCAAGAAGCGCACCGGCGCCCACCUCGACGAAGACACCCUCCCUUCGUCCACGGCCUCGCCCGCCAGAAAGGCUCGAAAGAAGACCCCAGCGAAGCCCAAGGCCACCGCUGCAACACCCAACACCCGCCCAAGCCGCACCCGCAAACCCCCCUCCCGCCUCAUCACAGAAGCCGAGCCCACUCCCGCCCCCAAGAAAACCCGGCCUGCGGGCCAAAAGACCUUCGACCCCGUCUACAUGACGACAAACUCCAACAGCCGGCUCUGCCGAGCCGACAUCUACCACCUGUUGCUGGAGCCGUCUGCGUGGGACUGCCUGGCGCCGGGCGAAAUGGGCACGCUGCUCGAGAUGCUGCCGCCGACGAAGGCGAAUCUGGGCCUGAGGGCUGCACUUUUGGAAGACGAGGGGAAGGAGAAGGGGGUUGCGCGACCCAAGGAAUUGGCUGGGGGCGACAUCUUCAGGACCGAUGUCGCCAAGUUCCAGCUGGAUCUGAGGAAUGGGCACCUCGCUAAGGGGUGGCAGGCGUCUGCGAAGCAGGCGAUGGUGGAUCGAGCGGCGGGGAAGUUUGAUGCGUGGAAGGAGAGGGAGAGGGAGGCUUGGUGGGGGGAGAAUAUGGGGUAG